CUCACGAUUUGCUUCUGCUUCAUGUAGGUAUUCACGAGCUCUUUAUAAGAGGGUUUGAUAAUCCCAUUGAUGGCUACAUAUUAAUGGCAAUGCAACGCACGCUACGUCAUUUUGGUGAAACACAUAUGUAUGUCGAUAGCUAGCAUCGGGCUUUAAGGCCUUAUCACCGAUUAUGGGUGGAGGGCCGGAAGGGAUAUAAACUUCGGAGGUCUCUCUUUCUUCUCGAGAGCUUUCCGUGUGAUUAAACUCUAUUCCUUACAGUGAAGGGAUAUUACUAGGUACCUAGGAAUACCUAAACGCGAGAUUGAGAAUGUCGGCAAUCUUCAAGAAGGCCAACACCGCCGUCAUCACGGGCGGGGCGUCGGGAAUCGGACUCGCGCUCGCGCAGAAGUGCGUCGGCUACGGCAUGAAGGUUCUCGUGGCCGAUUGGGAUGCCGCCGGCCUGGAUGCGGCGAAGGGGAGCUUGGGGGAGGCGGCGACGACGCUGCGUGUUGAUGUUAGUAAGACGGAGGACUGGGCGACGAUUAAGGGCGCGGUUGUUAAGGACUUUGGUGGCCAAAUCAACCUCCUAGCCCUCAACGCCGGCGUCGGCGCCCGCACCGCCUUCGACGGGCCGGAAGCGGACAUCGCCAACUUCCGCAAAGUCCUCGACGUCAACUUCUUCGGCGUCGCGAACGGCAUCACCUCCCUCUUACCCCUAAUCAAAGAGAAGACUACCGCCGCUGCUUCUUCCGUCGAGUCCGCGAUCGUGAUCACGGGGUCCAAGCAAGGCAUCACAAACCCGCCGGGCAACCCGGCGUAUAACGCGAGCAAGGCGGCCGUGAAGAGCCUCGCGGAACAGCUGAGCUAUGAUUUGAGGACGUGGAAGGGCGUCGGGGUGCAUUUGCUCGUGCCCGGGUGGACGUGGACGGGGCUUGCGGGCGCGGCGAGCGGGAAGGCGAAGCCGGAGGCGCCGUGGACGCCGGGGCAGGUCGCGGAUUACUUGGAGGCGAAGAUGGGAGAGGGCAAGUUCUGGGUACUGUGUCCCGAUAACGAGGUCACGGAGGAGGUGGACCGGAAGAGGAUGCUGUGGAGCUCGCAGGACGCGCCGACGGGGCGGCCGCCGCUGAGUCGGUGGAGGGAGGAGUAUAAGGAGGAAUUUGCGAGGUUUAUGGCGAGUGAUGUUUGAUGUGACAGGAGAGAUUACUGGGGACGUAUAUGCCCCGGAUAACAUAACUGUUCCGCUUCAUUUGAUGCGUGAAGAGCUUAGCUAUAAUUAAGACGAGAGCUGCUACCUGUACGACGACAAAACGUCGACUGCCUCAGACUCUAAGGAAAAUCAUCACAGCACAUAUAACUUCCAUAUCAUGGCAAUUGACAACAUAUAUUAGCAGUAGACACAGGCUCAAAAGCUAAAGACGGGAAUGUAUGAUUUCGUUUUCAUUGCAAAGUUAGAGCUCUUCGUGGCU